CACUCUCGUCAUCAGACAACCGUCCCACAUUUCCCGAUAUUCACAGGGACGCAGAUGGAAGGAGAGUCGGUGGUCGUGCACUCGUCUGCAAAUCGAUAAACCUCUAUAAUACGCAGGCGUCGCAUCGAGGGUUGCGCCGUCGCGACGCUCCAGGUGCUACAUGCGUUGUGCGUUGUGCGUUGUGCGUUGUGCGUUGUGCGUUGUAUUGUUUGGAGUCGCGAGGCGUAUUACGCGAUAUAAUCGAGAAAAAUGGACGGAGCCAAUAUGGGAUACUCCUAUCAUUUACCAUCCGGAGGUUGGAACUUUAAGGUGCGCAAUGCAUUGUCCCAGUGCAGCGAUAUUUUUAGCGAAUUUAACAAAUACCUUGCACCGGCUUAUCAUCACGACCGUUGCGAAAGGUCUGUGAGCAUGCGACUUUAUUCCAUGCACAAAAGAGAAUUUGUCGUGGUCGUAUUUACAUUUUUUGCUUGUUUUGGAUUGGCAGUAUUCAUCGGUCUGGCUGGUCCUCCGAUUACAUCAACGUCGGAACAAAAAGCACAUUUGAACACCAGCGACAUGGACACUGGACCCUUCAUUAUGAACACACCAGCUUUAUCGACCUACAGUCAGCAAUUAUGGGUGAUAGCUAAGUUGUCGACAUCAAAUAAUGAUGAUGAACGAUAUGACAAAAGUUUUCGAAUUAGUGUAUCGAUAGAUGGUAUUACAGUGGAGCGCAAAGUGGAGCACAUAUUGCCGAUAGAGGGCGGUCAUAAUAGGACGAGGCAUCUUAAAUGCGAAAGUCAAACAUGUGAAGAAAUUAUUGUCGCGCAUCUUGGAUUCCUAAAUUACGGACACUAUAUAAUUACAGUACGUUUUUAUGGAUUGGAGAGCUUUCAUCAACGUUAUACCAUUCGUGAUGUUAAAUUCUACUUUAAACAUUACAAUCCAGCUUUUACGCAAAUAGAAAUCUGGUUUAGGUUAAUCUUUCUUUUGUUCACAUUCGUAGCUACGUGUUGGUUUGGAAAUUCUCUUAAAAAAUAUCCGGUCCAAGAUUGGUCUAUAGAACAAAAGUGGAUAUCCAUUUUAUUACCUUUACUCAUUUUAUACAAUAAUCCAUUGUUUCCAUUGACGUUCCUAAUUAAUUCUUGGUUACCUGGAAUGAUCGAUGCUAUUCUACAAACAACAUUUCUUUGUACAAUUUUAAUGUUUUGGCUCUGUGUUUAUCAUGGAUUAAGACAGAAUGAGAGGCGAAUUUUAACGUUUUAUUUACCAAAAAUAAUAAUAGUGGGUACACUAUGGGGAGCAGCUCUAACGCUUGCAACUUGGUUAAGAUGUACAGAAUUAGAAGAUCCGACGUAUAAUUAUGUCCUUGACACAUCUAGUUAUUAUGGAUUCAAAGUUUUCUUCUUUUCGGUUGGAGGUAUUUACAUAGCAUAUCUUCUGCUACUAAUUCUACGAGCAUAUAGUGAAUUAAGAUCCAUGCCAUACUUCGAUUUACGUUUAAAAUUUUUAACAUUGUUUCUCGCCAUCGUUAUUGGGAUCUCGUCCCUCAUAACAAUCAGGAGAUUCGGAGCGGGUGUCCUGGAGGAUAGUUUUGCCUCGCGUCUUUCAACCCAUUACAAAACUUCUGCCCAAUUCAUGGCUCUUUAUGGUCUUUUGAAUUUUUAUUUAUACGCCAUGUCUUACGUGUACUCACCCGGAGUACAGCAAGUUUACGGACAGCAUAAUUCAAUAACUAAGGAUAAUCCAUCGUUUUCAAUGAUAAACGAUUCAGAUGAGGAGGUAAUAUACUGUUCCGACGAGGAUAGCAGAUGUCCAUUGACACGACCUGUUCAAAAUACUGAAGACAGCGACUGAGAGGGAGAAUUAAAAAAAUUAGUUUAUAAAGAUACAAAAAUUGACCCGAGUUGAUUCACGUAAUAAUUCGUUGACUCAAUAGUCGAUCAAUUUAUUUGUUAUUUAAU